CUAUAGGCUAGACUAGGAUAAAUCUAAAUGUAGGCUAUUGUAUUUAGAAAUAUACAUUUUAUGACAAGCUGUGCAAUUUCUGUUGUGUCGGAGCGCAAGAAGUGGUAGGGAUGGACUAAUGGAGUGAGAGAGAGAGAGAGAGAGAGAGAGAGAGAGAGAGAGAGAGAGAGAGAGAGAGACUGCGCUUAGAGCUGGAGUGCGCGCGGGAUAGCACACCGGCUGGAUCGGGGAGUCGCGAGGAUGGAGAUCCGACCAGACAGGUUUAAGGCGGUUGCAGCCAAGAAUCUGGGAAAGAUACACAGAAUCCUAGAAAAGCGUCAGCCCAAUGGCGAGACCAUCGAGCUGUCGGAUGAGGGCCGCCCAGAGCUUGUGGAGGAGAAGGAGAUGCCCGUGGUGGACUGCACCUGCUUCGGCCUUCCCCGUCGCUACAUCAUCGCCAUCCUCUCAGGCCUGGGCUUCUGCAUCUCCUUCGGCAUCCGCUGCAACCUGGGCGUGGCCAUCGUCAGCAUGGUCAACGACCACACCGUCUGGAAAGGCAACAAGGAGGUCCUGGUGGCAGCACAGUUCAGCUGGGAUCCAGAGACCGUGGGGAUGAUCCACGGGUCCUUCUUCUGGGGAUACAUCGUCACACAGAUUCCUGGAGGUUUCAUAUGUCAAAAAUAUAAAGCUAACAAAGUGUUUGGCUUUGCCAUAGUGGCCACAUCCACUCUGAAUAUGCUGAUUCCAUCUGCUGCCCGCACACACUACAGCUGUGUCAUACUAGUCAGGAUAUGCCAAGGCCUCGUCGAGGGCGUAUCUUACCCAGCAUGCCAUGGGAUCUGGGCCAAAUGGGCCCCGCCUCUAGAGAGAAGUCGACUGGCCACAACAGCAUUCUGUGGUUCUUAUGCCGGAGCUGUGGUGGCCAUGCCUCUUGCUGGGGUGUUGGUUCAGUACGUAGGGUGGCCUUCAGUCUUCUACGUCUAUGGCAGUUUUGGGAUAGCAUGGUAUCUGUUCUGGAUCCUGGUGUCAUAUGAAAGCCCGGCAGCCCACCCCACUAUCACCCCUGAGGAGAGGAAGUACAUCGAGGAAGCCAUCGGAGAGUCAGCAGGCUUUGCCAAUCCUCUACAGAAAUUCAAAACCCCGUGGAGAGCAUUCUUCACGUCCAUGCCGGUGUACGCCAUUAUCGUAGCCAACUUCUGCAGGAGCUGGACUUUCUACCUGCUUCUCAUCAGCCAGCCGGCCUACUUCGAGGAAGUGUUUGGCUUCGAGAUCAGCAAGGUGGGGAUGGUGUCGGCCUUGCCACAUCUGGUGAUGACCAUCGUUGUGCCCAUUGGGGGCCAGCUGGCUGACUACCUUAGAACACACAACCUCAUGACCACCACCAACGUCAGGAAGCUCAUGAACUGUGGAGGGUUUGGAAUGGAGGCCACUUUCUUGCUGGUGGUGGGAUACUCUCACACCAAGGUCAUGGCCAUUUCCUUCUUAGUGAUCGCUGUGGGCUUCAGUGGAUUUGCCAUCUCAGGUUUCAAUGUGAAUCACUUGGAUAUUGCCCCCCGCUAUGCCAGCAUUUUGAUGGGCAUUUCCAACGGAGUGGGCACCUUGUCGGGUAUGGUGUGCCCUCUUAUAGUGGGCGCCAUGACCAAACACAAGACGCGUGAAGAUUGGCAGGGUGUCUUCCUCAUAGCUUCAGUUGUUCACUAUGGUGGAGUGAUUUUCUAUGGAAUCUUUGCGUCAGGGGAGAAGCAGCCGUGGGCGGACCAGGAGGACACCAGCGACGAGAAGUGUGGCAUCAUCGACGAGGACGAACUGGCCAAUGAGACGGAAGAGAUGUACCGCACAGGCGGAGGGGGGCAGUACGGAGCCAUGAGCCAGCCAACAGCCGGCCCCAACGGAGGAGGUGGGGCUGGAGGGGGGGCAGGGUGGGUCCAGGACUGGGAGAAGACGGAGGAAUAUGUUCAACCUCCGGGAUACAACCAGUAUCUCUACGGAGGGGAGGGAGAGAGGGAGCUCACAUAAGGCCCUAUUCAGACUUGAGAUAAGUUGACUUAAAAUGUUUACUUAAGUCCAUGAUUUAUUGACUUAAGUCCAUGUUAAGUAUACUGUACUUUUCUCAAGUCUGAAGAGAGGGGAAAAUAAAGAGAGAGAGGUGAAAUAAGAAAGGACGGACAUUCUGGAAAAUGAUAUGUAGUGAGUGGAAGAUAGAGGGUUAGCAAAUUGUCGUAGGUGUGUUUUUGUAUCUACGUAUAUUUACACGUGGGACAUAAUAUGAAUUGUAUGCAUUUGUAUAAGUAUGUGUAUGUGUGUAUGUGUGUGUGUGUGUGUGUGUGUGUGUGUGUGUGUGUGUGUGUGUGUGUGUGUGUGU